UUUUCGUAUUACAUGCCAUUUGUCUAUGAACCAAUCUAGCGGCUUUAACGACUGUUUGCGACACUGCCGUGCGUGGAUACUCAACUCUCCCGAGUGAGAUACCGGUGGAGAGGCGCAGUUAGCAGGAAAAUACCAGAGAAAGGGGUUGUUGUCCAGAUAUCACUGGUUUUCGCCACAGACAAAAAACGUGCAUUUUUUUUAAAUAUAUCAAAACAUACAGUAAAUGAGGACUCAAGGCUGAGCGUUGAAAAGCAGCGCGAGGGAAGGCAACUAAUUCUCUAACCGUGGCUGUUGAAGUAAGUUGCCUCCCAAGCGACGCUUUAAAAGGAAGAGGGAUCUAGAUCAGACCACAACAACAGUGAAAAUGGACUAUGAUUUCAAAUUGAAGCUGACAGGGGAACGAGAACGUGUCGAAGAUCUGUUUGAAUACGAAGGAUGCAAAGUUGGUCGAGGGACGUACGGACAUGUGUACAAAGCGAAAAGAAAAGAUGGGAAGGACGAUAAAGACUAUGCCCUCAAGCAGAUUGAAGGCACGGGGAUCUCUAUGUCUGCUUGCCGUGAGAUUGCACUGCUGAGAGAGCUGAAACACCCCAACGUGAUCUCCCUGCAGAAAGUGUUCCUGUCACAUGCGGACCGCAAAGUCUGGCUGCUGUUCGACUAUGCCGAGCAUGACCUCUGGCACAUCAUUAAGUUCCACAGAGCCUCGAAGGCCAAUAAGAAGCCAUUGCAGCUGCCCAGAGGCAUGGUCAAAUCCCUGCUGUACCAGAUCCUGGAUGGCAUCCACUAUCUACACACCAACUGGGUCCUGCACAGAGACCUGAAACCGGCCAACAUCCUGGUGAUGGGGGAGGGCCCUGAGCGAGGCCGCGUUAAGAUUGCGGAUAUGGGCUUUGCGCGGCUCUUUAACUCACCACUGAAGCCUUUAGCAGAUUUGGACCCUGUGGUGGUCACCUUCUGGUACCGGGCACCUGAGCUACUGCUGGGAGCCAGGCACUACACCAAAGCCAUCGAUAUUUGGGCAAUUGGCUGCAUCUUUGCAGAACUGUUGACGUCAGAGCCCAUAUUCCACUGUCGACAGGAGGACAUCAAAACCAGUAACCCAUACCACCACGACCAACUGGACCGCAUCUUCAACGUCAUGGGCUUCCCUGCAGAUAAGGACUGGGAGGACAUUAAGAAGAUGCCAGAGCACUCCACGCUCAUGAAAGACUUCAGAAGGAACACGUACACUAACUGCAGCCUUAUUAAGUACAUGGAGAAGCAUAAAGUCAAACCUGACAGCAAAGCAUUCCACUUGCUGCAGAAGCUGCUGACGAUGGACCCCAUCCGUAGAAUAACGUCUGAGCAGGCCAUGCAGGACCCCUACUUCCUGGAGGAGCCACUGCCCACCUCUGAUGUGUUCGCUGGCUGCCAGAUACCCUACCCUAAAAGGGAAUUCCUUACUGAGGAGGAGCCAGAAGACAAGGCAGACAAAUUGAAACUGCAGAAAAACCAGCAACAACAACAGGGGAACAACCACACCAACGGGGCGGGCCAUGCCGGUAACCAAGACAACAGCCACGCCCAGGGCCCACCUCUGAAGAAGGUGCGGGUGGUCCCCCCCACCACUACCUCAAGUGGCCUGAUUAUGACCUCAGACUACCAGCGCUCCAAUCCACAUGCUGCCUAUCAGAACCCAGGACCAAGCACAUCACUGCCCCAGAGCAGCAUGGGAUACUCCUCUACCUCCCAGCAGCCGCCGCAGUACUCCCACCAGACCCACCGCUACUGAGAGCCCUGCCCCUCUCCACCCCUCACUUCCUCCUCAAGCUCCUCCUCUUCCUCCUCCUGGCCACACCCAAAGCCCCAGCCCUGGUCCAGCCCCUCACAGCGCCCAGCAGGGAGAAUGUACGGAGGGAGGAGGGACGAUUCUGAGCGCGUGCGGAAUCAAGCAGGAACAACCCCUACCCACUUCCAUAACCCCAACCUUGACCUAACCCCCCCACCCCCACCACACACCCAUCUCCCUCCCACCCCUUGCCCUACCCCUACCCCUGCCCAUGCACUGUGGGCACCUAACUCAAGCGUGUGCCCGUAGCUCAACUCAGCUCUGCCAAUAAGAAACGUUAUGAACAUCACCGUGACACACCACCACCAAUACAGUAAAAAAACAAAAAAAACAGAUAAAUCUUCAGCCGGACUUAAUCAUUGCCUAUACAAGAAAAACAAAUAAAAAUGAAAAUGACUAUUAAAAAAAAGACAAAACGCUGGAAGGAAACAGAGGUGACCAGUUUUCCUUGUUUGGGGUUUUACAUCAUCACUGCAAGUGUGUGACCAUUUUUUUUUUAUUUCAUUUUUUUUUUAUCCUUCUCAAGAAGUGGAAACAAAUUGCCCCACAACGUGGUACUUAAUUGCUACGCGCAAAAUGGAGGAUGGCCCUGACUGGAGGAACAGUCCCCCAUUGCCCAAGGUCAACCUCCACCAAAGCCCCCCCUCUUGGCCGUGCUGGACUUCCUUUUCCUUUGUGAGGGUCCUGUGGCUUCUUUGAGACUAAAGCUGCUAUUUGACUGCCAGCGGGGAUGGUGUGUCGUCCGUCCGUCCGUCUGCCGGUCUCCCUGUCUGCCCACACCCCCCCCCCCCCCCUCCACACACACACACACACACACACACACACACACACACACGCGCACACACACGCACACACGCACACACACACACAUACACACAUACACAGUCAAUCUCGGGGGCCCAACUCUGUGCAGAAGCUGCUGCAAAAUGGAGCAUGCUGACAGGAUCUAGCGCCCUCUGCCGGACUAUACUGGUUAUGGGCUUUAUUAAAAGAAACUUGAUUUUAGUAGUUUAUAAUUUAAUACAUUUGGACUUUUUUGUUUUUACGUUAGAAUUGGCAAGUGGCUUCCGUUGUGCUGCAACUGCAGCAGUUGUUCGCAGUGGAUAAGCCUUAGAACUUUAAAAAACAGUUUGCGUGGAUGGAUGGAACAUGCAUUGUACUGUAUUGUAUUGAACUAUUUUACAUGAAGCAAGUAUCCUGACAAUAAUAAAAGCGGAAACGUUAAA